GAUAACGUAACCUUUCCGUAGAGUAGGGAAGAAGAAGAAGAACUUCAACAAAUGAAUAAACGGCUGUGUUAUGUUUAGUUGGUUUGAUUGAUUAGACAAUUUUAUUGUGAGAAUUGUAAAAAGUUCUGCGUACAUUUUGAUAAUUGAUAACUUUUUUGUCAUUUUGCAAAACGUAAUUACACGAUGGACGGGCCAACAUCGACGGACAUAAUGCUACUUCAUGGAAAUUCUCAUCCUGAGCUAGCAAAUCUGAUUGCCAACCGACUGGGUGUGAAGAGUGGCGGUUGUUCUGUUUACCAUAAAACCAACCGGGAGACAAUGGUGGAAAUUGGAGACUCUGUUCGAGGCAAAGACAUCUACAUUAUUCAAACUGGAACUAAGGACGUGAACAACAACAUAAUGGAGAUGCUAAUCAUGGCAUAUGCUUGCAAGACAUCUUCUGCUAAGAACAUAGUUGGGGUCAUCCCCUACCUUCCUUACAGCAAACAGUGCAAGAUGCGGAAACGAGGCUGUAUCGUCUCAAAGCUGCUGGCGAAGAUGAUGUGCAACUCUGGUCUGACCCAUAUCAUUACAAUGGAUCUGCAUCAGAAAGAGAUUCAGGGCUUUUUCGACUGUCCGGUUGAUAAUCUCAGAGCUUCCCCCUUCCUGCUACAGUAUAUCCAAGAAUGUAUACCAGAUUACCGUAAUGCAGUAAUAGUAGCUCGUAAUCCCGGAUCAGCCAAGAAAGCCACAUCUUACGCAGAGCGUCUUCGUCUGGGAAUUGCUGUCAUCCACGGAGAACAAAAAGAGGCGGAAAGUGACGAGGUGGAUGGGAGGUACUCUCCUCCCCCACCCCCACUACUCAGCCGUACUAUGGACAUGGGGGUGGGGGUGCCCCAGCACCCUGCCAAGGAAAAACCUCCUAUAAAUGUGGUGGGGGAUGUAGGUGGACGCAUCGCCAUAAUGGUGGACGAUAUGGUUGAUGAUGUCCAAUCAUUUGUUGCGGCAGCUGAAGUACUGAAGGAGAGGGGAGCCUACAAGAUAUAUGUACUUGCCACUCACGGUCUUCUCAGUUCCGAUGCACCAAGACUUAUUGAAGACUCGCCCAUAGAUGAGGUGGUUGUCACAAACACCAUCCCACACGAGAUCCAGAAAUUGCAGUGUCACAAGAUCAAGACCGUGGAUAUCAGUGUAUUACUAUCUGAGGCUAUCCGGCGUAUUCACAACAAAGAGUCCAUGUCCUACCUGUUUAAGAACGUCACUUUGGAAGACUAGGUUUUCAAGCUUCAAGUAAUGCACAUUUCACUGUUAACGAAAUCAUCUCUCCACUAAGACUGGAUGCUGUAAUUUUGCAGAUUGCUGUUUUCUUUUGUUUUAUAAAAACAGACUUGUUUUUCACACAUACAUAAAAUUUAACUAGUAUCGAUAAGUAGGUAAUGAAAUGCAAGGAAGUAUUUUUAUGCACUUAAUCUAGAUUUUCUCCAAAAAUUUAUUAUGUGCCUGUAAAUAAUUUUUCUUUUUUAUUGUGGGUUCCUCUGUCUAUGUAUUCCUUGUGAUAGCAAUGGAUUUAUUACCUUGGUAUUAUUAUUAUACUGGUAUUUUUUUGUAUAGCUUUACAAAUUUUGAUCACAUGAAAUGUCUUAGGAGCUUAUAUACUGUUAGCAAUGUCAAGAUAGUUGAUUAAAAGUAUUACAUAAAAACUACAUGUGAUGAGGUGACCGAAUUAUUAUCAGUUUUUAUUUAUUUGGAACAUCAAUCUUGUAUUUCAUUUUGAUCAGAAAAAUACUAUUUUUAUACAGAUUUUUUUUAUCUUGUAUACUACUUAAGAUAUGGAGUAUUGACAGAUUAGUGAUGUGGUUGAAUGUGAGAUGGUGUCCUAAGAUGUACCAUGAUGGAUAUAUUGUUAUAUGUAUGUUUGUAUUUUGGUGUCCUAUUUUAUUAAGACAUUAUCAAUAAAUGAUAUCUUCAUUAAGGA